AUGGAAGAUGCAAGCGACAGCAACAGAGUGGCACUAUCGUUGGAUAACGAUGAUCAGCUCUCCGGACGGACGCGCUCAGAGAGCGCAAGCAGUGGACACAAGCGCAACUCAUCCGGCUCCCUAUUAUCCAAACUCUCUUUUCUCCGUAUGACACAAGCGACUCAUAACAACCCGGAGCGGGCUCAUUCCGGCAUCGACCGUGAUGAUAGCGAUGGUUUUGGUUCUAGUGUACGGGGGGGCAGGGCAAUGGCUAGCGCACUACAACAGCGAAGAACGCGAAGGAGGAGGGGUUCCCUUCGAAAAACCGCCCUACUAGGCACGCGAUUCGAAUAUCGAGAUAAAAAAGCUACCCGAACACCGAUCGACAUGCCACGGGCAGAUGUUAUCGGACAACAGCAACAGCUUGCCACAGGCUCACGAACACAACAACCGUUACCUGACACUGUUUCCCCAGACCAAAAUGUCGUGCCCCACGGAAAUGCGGAACAAGAUAGUCAUCCGGACGAUAUGGUAUGGGAAGGUUUCAUGAAUACGCCGCCAAAGGCACUGGAUCAAUCCGCUCAGCAUCCCCGGCAGAACCACACCCAAAACAGUAUCCUUGGCGGAGAUAUAAUUACUGAUGAUGAGGAUAUUGUGUCUUUUCCUCGUUUGAAAAAUACAAAUGCCGCUGUUGCUGCCGCCGCGGGCUUACAUCUUCAGUCCGCUUCUUCGAGCUCGGACUCCUAUUAUGCGCUUUCGGCGGACUCAACAUACCGAGCUAUGCAUCGUACCAAAUCUCCUCUUGCGACGCAUGCGGUUGACAUAACUAGUAGUCAGGAUAUGAACUGGGAUUACUCGGAGACGGAGUGGUGGGGCUGGAUUAUCCUGGUAGUGACAUGGCUUGUGUUCGUUGUGGGGAUGGGCAGUUGUUUUGGUGUCUGGAGCUGGGCUUGGGAUGUUGGGGAAACUCCCUAUGCGCCUCCGGAGCUGAGGAUGAUCCGACACUCCCUAUUAUUGGGUAUUAUCCUGCUCUGA